UCGUGAUGUGCUGGUUGUUCACACCGACCUUGCUAGAGGCGAGUUUGACCGCACCGAGGUCUGGAAUUUGACCUUUACUUUGGGUUCAACCUUUCCGCCAUGUCAUCAUCCGAUUCGGGAAUCUUUUGGUUUGUUGUUGCUCACUUCGAGUUUUGACAUAAUCCUUCUCGCCCAGGAUCGGAGUCUAACUUCCUGAUGUGUUCUCCAUGAGUAUCUGAGUCUUUUCGAACCCCCAACGAGUUCCCGACUGCUGUCCUAUACACAAUAUCAGCCACAUAAGCUGAACGCCAUGGCCAAAAACGCAUGUAGGUUCACUCCGAUGAGGCAUACCGUUCCUGCUGCCGCGCGGACAUGAUGCCCGGUACCUUGCAUCCCCCCUCACACCUUGUGGCUGUUAAUUAGCACUGGUCUGACGUUAUCCCUGGGCCCCCGACCACCAAAGCAAGGACGCACACAAACACGAGCGAUUAUUACGUGAGCUAUUACAUACACCCACCACCCUAUACGGAUGCAAAAAAGAGAAAUAUCAACCUUUUGGGUAGGUGGUGGUUUGCAUAUUUCAAUAAUGCAACGUUAUGGCUAAAAUGCGAAAAAAGGUCCAGGCACGAACGGCACCGAAGCAGCGAACGGUGAAUCGCCCCGGCGCGUCCCAGCUGAUUGGUGACGCUCUGGGUAAUUGUGGGGUGUGGAACAGGGGCCCACGAAGCAUGUACAUGGCCCGCUUUUUCCCGCUGAUGGCGUGUCAUUGAACGCUGAGAGUCGGUUGAUGUUUUCGUCCGGUCGAGCCGGAUCCUAUUAAACUUGGUGUUGGUUGUGUUGUUGAUGGUAAAAAUCCUGCCUGGGCUUGUCAUGGUUGGGACUUGUCAUGCCAUGCCCUGCUGUCUGGACUUUUGUUCUGUCUUGUUUCGCCUCAGCCUUCCAAAUGUCUGAGAAAGUUGAACCAUGACGCGAAUCGAUUGGAGGCGCGGGGUCCCCUGCCGAGACACCUUGAGGGCUGAAUGAAGGUGAAAUCAAGGUGGGCUGAAGAACGAAGGAAUGCUCUAACGCGAACACGAUAAUCACCGGCCCGGGGUUACGUAUAGAAGAGGUAAUUACUUCCAUACGAGAGAAGUGAGCGCGGCGCCCUCACGCCCACUAUUUGGCCGCUAUACCAAACGUGCUACGGUCACGUUGAGGGUGUAGGGACCUAAGGGCCCGUGCUGCUUGGCCCAUGCCAUUGAAUUGCGUUGGAUGCCACGGUGAUCACUCGCCAUGCGUUGGGGUGUCAGUGGCCGUCAGUGUGUGUCUAGACACUGCCAGGGUGCUUCGUCAGCAGCCUUCACAACGGACCCGCGCGUUUUGUGGCAUUUGAUGAAUGUCGCCCAAACGAAAGGGAAGCCAGACUAGACCGCCAACCGCUCCUCCACUGAUUCACUACUUGUGCUUGAUCACUCAGCCCAUCGGACCGGGUCACCGACCCCAGCCCACCCGAACUGCUUGUAGCUAGCGACCGAUUCCAGGUUGCAGCCCGCCAACUUGUCUGACCAGUGACGACCACUCACACCCGCCUCUCACUCGCUGAUUUUCCUAUUGCCUCUGCACCACCGCCAUUUUCCCUGUUUUUCCCUUUCCCUCUUGCUCAUCCACCCUCCCCUCGUUCCCACCACCACCAACGACGCUCGUUAUUCGCGCCAUUUCGACGGCGACAGUGGAUUGAGGAAGAAGGACGAAUUCAAGGACCAUUCGCUCGCUCUUGAGAGAUCUGAAAUUGUAGAAGGUGGCUCGAUACGGAUUACAAGCGACGACAACAUCCCGACACUUGCAUCUUGGCUUCCUGGGCUGUUUUCUUCGGCUUCGACAAAACAACGAAUCGACAAAGACUUGGCCGACUCCAGAAACGGAGCUGGCAGUAUUUGAGAGGGAUACCAAGGAAGGAAAAGCGUCUGUUUUACCGAUAGCGACGUCACCCAAGUGCCGACGACCGAACAAAGACCCUCUCCGAAUCGAUCCAGGACGAAGGAAACAAACAACAGCAUUUGUCUGCAUCCCUUCUUUUCUUCUAUCUCUCCGACGUUCCCGGUCGCCGCAAGUUUAAACACUUUCCGGGCGCCUGUCAAAGGAGAAUUGGCUUUUCGGACGACAGGCGGGCGCUUGUGUCAAAGUCACCAGCCCUCCAGGCGAUCGGUUGGCUGUCCUGCUGAUCACUGCAUCGUGGUUUCCUGCAGCCAGCAGCGGUUUCUUUCCGUCGAGAUUUGCGAUACAUCGACAGCCUCCCAUCGUCAAUCAACAACAUAUUAGCUGCAGGCACUUUACACUAGCUUCAAUCUUGUUUGCCAACAUUCUUCGCAAUGGACAUCGUUCUUAUUCCCGAGGGGCAGCUGCCUGCUUGUGUGAAGGAUUGUGGUGUUCUAUACGAUGUCAACGGAGGCUGCGUACCACCAGGAGCGCCUUCAGCCGACAACAGCGUCUACAAUAGCUGCUUCUGCAACGACCCUAGAUUGGCGGCCUGGAAGACUGGCACUACAGGAGUAUGCCCCGAUGCGUGUGCAUCUGACCCGUCUGCCUACUCGAGAAUCCAACAGUGGUUUUCGGGCUUUUGCUCCAAUGUACAACCCACCACUGCCGGGCAACAAGCGACGUCCACAUCGACAGUGCGGCCCGCGCAGAACUCUACUGGCGGCACCUGGAUCGAGACACAUUACCAAUGGGUAAUUUUCUUGGUGAUCAUGGUGGUGGCGAUAGUCGGUAUCUGGGUUGGCGCCUGCAUCUGGAGGAAACGAUACCUGCGUAAGAAGGACCGCCAGUACGCCUUGGGUGCCAACCUCGCGCAUGCCACCGAGUCAGGGAGAGUCGUGCCAAACGAAAGCAACUCUGGGUCAAUUCACCGUCCAUCAGCCGGCAUGUUCGAACCAGCGCCCCUCAGCGCUGCCCGGGUUUACGAGGAGAAGCCGAAAGAGAAGAAGAGGUGGAUUGUCAAGGAGAGGACGUGAGGGGCUCGGGAAUGAGUGGUUUUUUCUGGAUACCAGUCCAACAUCAUAUUGAACCGCAUCGACUUCAUCAGCAACUCAUUACGCAUUGCACAAACACAAUACUCUCUGGAGACACAGAGAGGUAUAGACGUAAAUAACACACAGAACUAAACACCCACUAUAUCACCAAAACAGUGCGGUGUGUGCAUGGGACGGAUUGGUUUGGGAAAGGGGCCCAGAGGAAAAACCAGGUUUCAGGGAUCUUUUUUUUUUUUUUGUGCAUUCGAAGUGAAAUUCUCGAUGCAUUAUACCCCAUCACUCUCCUUUAUUUUUUUUCUUUUGGGUUAUUCGAUGUUUUUUCCUUCUAAUUUUCGUUCUUCUCACGUAGGUAUUUGAAACAAACGCAGUAUAAUAUCUUUUUGUUUUUCACCUUUUGUACCUUUCCUUGGAACGUUCCUCACUGCAUUGUGUGUGUGCUGUGGUUGGUUCAGGCGGGUAUCUACCAAGCAAGGAGAUAUUGGGAAUGGAUGGACAUCCUUUUGGUGGAUUGGCGAGUCACUCCUUUUUUUUUUGCAUUAUUGAUGAUGGGGAAUGAGCUGAUUUUGGAUGGGACACGUGGAUUUUGGGUUUUGGUUAUACCUACACGCUCCUUUUUUUUUUUCUUUUUUGGCUAGGGAAAGAAAGGGGAGUGAAGGGCGUUGGUGGGAAAGUCCAAGUAUAAAAGGGGUUAGGUAUUUACAUAAAGUGCAUACCGUUUGAUAUGGAGAAUGGAGAGACGAAUUCUGUUGCUGAGAGUGAGAUUCCUUGGGUAUAGUUGUGG